UCGCUCGGGGUCACUGUUGGUCUCAGAGUGUGUGUGUGUACCAUAACGGAGGGCCGUGUCUCGUGUGUUUGGUAAAGAAAUUUAAAGCAACACUGCAAGCAUGACUACUGCCCAUAAAUUGGUGAUCGUCCGUCAUGGCGAGAGUGAGUGGAACCAGUACAACAAAUUCUGCGGCUGGUUUGAUGCCGACCUCAGCGAGAAGGGCCUGGAGGAGGCCAAGCGUGGUGCCAUGGCCAUCAAGGACGCCGGCAUGAAGUUCGACAUCUGCCACACAUCUGUGCUGAAGCGCGCCGUCAAGACCCUGUGGACCAUCCUGGAGGGCACAGACCAGAUGUGGCUGCCUGUGUACCGCACAUGGCGUCUGAACGAGCGCCACUACGGCGGCCUGACAGGUCUUAACAAGGCAGAGACAGCCGAGAAGCAUGGAGAGGAGCAGGUCAAGAUCUGGCGUCGUUCCUUCGACACCCCCCCUCCCCCCAUGGAACACGACCACGCCUUCCACAAGAUCAUCAGUGAGUCAAGGCGCUACAAGGGCCUGAAGCCCGGUGAGCUGCCCACAUGUGAGUCCCUGAAGGACACUAUUGCCCGUGCCCUGCCCUACUGGAACGAUGUCAUCGCACCUGAGAUCCAGGCCGGCAAGAACGUCAUCAUCGCUGCCCACGGCAACAGCCUCCGCGGAAUUGUCAAGCACUUAGAGGGCAUGUCAGACGCUGCCAUCAUGGAGCUGAACCUGCCAACAGGUAUCCCCAUUGUGUACGAGCUGGACGCGAACCUGAAGCCCGUCAAGCCCAUGGCUUUCCUAGGAGACGCUGAGACUGUGAAGAAGGCCAUGGAGGCCGUGGCUGCCCAGGGCAAAGCUAAGAAGUAAGCCAGCCUGGAGGCGUCAAGAGGAGAAAGAGAAGAAGUGGCUGUUCCCCCCCAUCCUUAACUAUCAAUCAUUCACCCCCCCAUUCAGAUGCAGUCCAUUGCAUCCUGUGAUAAAGGCUCCCUUUGGUUGUGGAGAUAGGCCCUGUGUAGCCACCUGUUUUUGAGAGGGAACAUCAUGAAACCCAAAUAUUGGGUGAUUGUUCCAUAGAUCUGUGGAGGUGGUACUGGGACUGCACAAGCCUUGUCCACUCACCCAAACACACACACACACACUAUUGUGGAGUCUCACAGUCCCACUGUAGGGUUGGUGAAGCCCUGUGUUAAGGGCACCACACUCUGACACAACAAAUAAAGAAACCACCUUUUUGUGUC